AUGACAGCGGGCCCUUCUUCGGGCUCUUCUCGGCCUACAUCAUUAUCUACAACAGCAACCGCGACAGCAUCAGCGUCAGUGCCAACGUCAGUAUCUGCCGGUAAAGCUCCUAUCGUCCCUACUGUGGAGGCCCAGCAUCUAGCCCGCUUCGAAGUCAGCGAUGCUGGCACAAAGGUUCUUAUGGUGGAGUGGUAUCCCAAUGUCAUUCUAGGCCCCGCUACCUCUGCCGAUCCUUCCGCCGGUACUUCCGACGAUCCCUCCGCUCCGGCUGCCGACGAUCCCUCCGCAACGGACCCGGUUUCGGCCUCUGUCCCGGACAACAAGGUGGACACUAUCAACAAUACAUCAUGGCAAGUGUCAUGGCCAGGAAAGUCUACUAACCUUCCUGCUGCUGAACCGGAACCCGACUUGGGGACAGAAGCUGCCCCUGAGUCUUCACCUCGCCAACGCCGUCGCCGUGUCUUCUUUCUCCUGCCGGCCAAUGCCUCGGUUCCUUCUACCAUCACCAUCACGCCACCUGGUACACAAGGCUUUAUCCUUAAGCCACUGCCAGCCAUCUUCCCUCCAGGUCUCGCAGCUGAUCCAGGAAACCGAGGGGUUCUACACACUCUAUGGGCACGUCAACGUCUAGCGGCCCUGGAUCGUGAGGUAGCUGCUGAGCUCCGCAACAACGCUGAAGGUGUAGGCGUCGAGAUGGCACUCGCAGAGAGGCAGUGGAUCCUUGAAACGUUCAUCAAUCCACCCCAACUGCCCACCGAUUCGUUUCCACGCCCUGCGGCUGCUCGUUCACCUACAGGGCGUCUGGGAGAUAAACUCAAGGGCCUCAAGCUGGCGACAUCUCCUGCCGACUUGACCCCGGGCACGACAGCCAACAUUUUCAUGAGCCCCAUCAGUCAAACUCAUCCGUUCCAACCUAGAGGACGUGACAUUGCCUUGUCCUCUCAUGAAGCAAUGGCCAGCAACGCAUCUACAGGUCCUGUUUCUCUCAAUGCUGCGCUGCAUGGUGAUGUUACCGCAGCAGCCUCGGCGCCCGUUCGGCCAUUGCGACGAGACGAUGAUGAUGAUCUGUUUGCUUUGCCCAUGAGUCCGCGUAGCCCGGACAUGAAGAAGAGUCCUUUUAGCGCCCUGUGA